ACUGAUGAGCCGUGUUCCAAGCCGCGAACUCUAGUAUCGCCUCAGGGCAUUUGCCGUAUCGUGAUCUCUCCAACAAGGCUUUUCGUACAAUCAAAGUUCUGGAACUCGUGACCCCUAAGUCGGAAACCUUUUAGGGCAUGUGACAAAAUAAGAGGGAAAAAGGUCGAUAAAUGAAAGUAUUUGUUAUUCCAACUAGUGCUGCAUUAAAGUAUGAGUCAAGAUUAAGCGAAAUACAAGAAUAUAAUAACAGUGGUGCCGAAAUGGAUACCGGUGUGAAAACAGAACGCCUGUCGCCUCUUUUGCAUGAGAUUAAAUACGACAUAGAUAGCAUAGAUAGCCCGAGUCUCCCGACGCACGGGAAGGAGACCAAGUCCCACGCUGAAGACUACGAGGAUCCUCUCAUGAGAGUUUCGUACGUUGAGGAGAAGGGGUCUCCGACUACCAUGUUCUCGUCCCCCAACAGCGCUUCCCACCUGCAGGUGUUGGGUUCGUCUGACGACAGCAACCUGAUGAUGACCUCACCUGACCUGCCAGGUAUACUGCAGGUGGCCCACAGGAGCCUCCACACCAACGACGGAUGCUAUGCCUUCAUCAGCGGGGCUGUAUCUGGCGACCAUCAGACGACGACCUCUUCAGCAGCGUCGUGCCUGCCAGUGUCCGCGUCCUCUACUUCAGUUUCCAGCAGCACCAGCAUUCCCAACAGCAUUUCCAACAAUAUUGCCAGUAGCAUUCCGUGCAGCAUUGCCAGUUGUUUGUCAUUAAGCUACACGUGUUCGUCAGAAGCAUCCUGCUCCUCCCCUAGUCUCAUGUCGUCGGCUUCGUCAACCUCGUCAUUGUCAGGCACCUCGACCAGCGACGCGCCGCUCGUGUCAGGACUUUUGAGCCGCGACGUCAACGUUGACAUCCUCGUUAACAACGGCGUCAGCAUAACUCGUCACUCGGCGGAUUACUGCUCCACUGCAGGGGACCACGGAGUGACAGACCCUGAUGAUGCGGGGGGCAGCCCCGGAGCUACGACGGGGGGCCGCGGCCCCCACAAGCUCGGCGCUGGAAUAAGCGACGCGGUCACCAAAAUCCUCGACGACGUCGACUGGUCCAUCAUCCCAAUGGCCAACAAGUUGGUGGUGGCGCCCGUGUCGCGGUGCAGCGGUCGCCAGAAGGUGCACGUCAAGCGUCCUAUGAACGCCUUCAUGGUGUGGGCGCAGGAGGCGCGUAGGAAGCUCUCAGGCCAGCACCGGCAGGUCCACAACGCUGAGCUCUCCAAGAGUCUUGGCAAGAUCUGGAGAGGCAUGACGGAUGAUCAGAAGCGACCGUUCAUCGAGCGCGCGGACCAGCUGCGCCAGAAGCACAAGCAGGAGUAUCCUAACUACAAGUACCAGCCACGCCGACGUAAAGAGAAUCUCAAGACCGUACCAGGCAGGAACUCUCCUCCUCCUAAUGCCCAAGCUAUUGGACAACAGCAGCAGCAACAGUCUCAGCACCUGCUAAACAUGGCUCAACAUCAACCGCAGUCGCCAUUCUUGGGGGUGAAGAACGGAGGUCUCCUUGGGGCAUCGCCCCUGUCGCCCCCUCACUCGCCGUCCGUCUUCCGCCACGACGACCCCCCACAGCUUGGCGAGACCGCGUUCGUGAGCGAUUGCGUCACGGCCGACGCGCUUGACAUCGACCGCGCCGAGAUGAACCGAUAUCUCUGGCCCGACCAGUCCAUCUACUCACAGUCUCCUCAGUUGGGCGGCACGUCUUCACCCAGCGGAUCAUCCCCCCUGACUUUGUCGACCACAUCGUCACCUCACACUCUCUCCAACUCGCCUCACAGCCAGACAAGCGCUCCAUCUCCCCUUGCCUACCCCACUCCAGUCCAGGCAAACGCCUCUAGUCGUGUCAUAGGGGCACCUUGCCUGUACUCAGGACCCACAUACUGCAACGUGUCGCCUCUCAUCGCCAACAACUCCCCAGACACCGGGGAAGCGGCUGGAAGUUCAUCACCUCCCCCAGCUACAGCAGACCUUGUGGAGCUGCAACCACCGAGACGGGACGAACCUCUCCCGUCGCUAUCGGCACACAAGGGCAUGAACCCUUUUAUUCCUAACAAUAUUUACUAUUCUCAACCCUAUGCCUAUAAUUAUGCCUCGUAUUCAUAUGCCACGUCGUGGCAAUGACAUAAGAAGUUUAAGCAAGAGAGGCCAAGUCGAGAUCAGAGCUCCUCCCAGGCAGAGGAUAGCGUAUAUGCCGCGUCAGGUGAGUACUCAGAUGCUUGAUACUUCCAGCCCGGAAAAAUUUGUCUAUUGAAUUUUUGAAAAACUUCUUCCCUUGAAAACUCUCGCGCAUUUAUAAGAGUUUGUUCCUUCCUUCCUAAUAUACAUAUGUUCCUGUUUAUUCUAGGAAGUUAAAGUAAAACUUGAUUUAAAAUUUCCUAUAUAUCAAACUUUGUUGAGCAGCAUUAAAUAUCAGUUCAAAAUUUUCGUGCUUGCUGAAUGUUAAGUGCUAUUUGAAGCCUUCGAUAAAUAAUUUCUAGUCGUUUCCACCUCUAAGCACAAAGUUUUGUGGUAUUUUCAAAAAUUUGCCUCUUACCAUAUAUAAAAAAUUAAAUUCACGUGUCCGACGGAUGGUUUCAAACUGUACAUUAUUAUUUUGAAACAAGACGCCAAUUUAUAUUUUGUCUAAUUUAUAGUUUCCUAUGAACAAAUUCUUACAUUAGGUUGGUAUCACGCCGUUAUAGCUACUGCAGUUGCUAUGGACAAAAUCACUUCUUGCGUUGAACGUUAAAAUUCAAUUAGAAAAAAUUUCCUCUGAAUGAAUUUUUUUGAAAAAAUAUUGUUAGAGAGAGACGUUUGUGACGUUGAUGAUGUCACUCACACAUGCAUGCGACAUGGGAACACUCAUGGCGAAAAAGCUACGUAACGAAAUUUUAAAUUUUCUUAUGGCUCACUCUCACUUCCGAGGUCUCAGGCAUGGUUAAAGAAAUUCCUUCAUCAAGUCAUGACUUUUGACCAAGUCUUCUGUUUAUCACGGUAGCACUUCAACCUCUAAUAAGUGUAGAGACUGACACGUGCUUCCAGGAUCUUAUGUAUAUAUUAGCCUAUAUUUCAUGUUGCCUUGUGGGCGUCUUCAAGGCUUGAUUUCUCCUUAUUUAAUUAAAUUAUCUCAUAACUUUCUCUUUAAGAAAAAAUUGGUCUGCUUAAUCCAAAGACAAUAUUAACAAUUAGAGUUGGUCUCAUGGUUGGUCUUACUCGAAGGUUUUUUUUAUGAUGUUGAACACCUAGUUAUAUUGAAAAACAGCGAAAUUGUAAACUCUAUAUUUAAUUUUUUCUUUUGCUUUUAGUGUUUUAACCAAUACUUGUGUAAUAUGCUGCAUUUAAAAUCAGUCCAUGCUGCUUUUCAUAUUUUUUCAGCGAAGCCUUGGAAUUCUUAUGUUUAAUUUUUAAUUCUACAAAAGUGUAAAAUGGCUGAAAUUUUUAGCCUUCGCCAAAAUCUGAAACGAAGCGACGAAAAAAGUUGGACCAAGUAGUCAUAAGAUGAUGGAGUCAUGCCUUUGAUCCAAUAAAGAAAAUUGGCGCUGUAAGGAGAAACGUAGCACAGAAAAAGUGCUUCAUUCAUAAAAUGUAAACUAAACAUCGUUCAUGAUCAUGUAUAUCAGUAAAUUUGCUGGUUUCUUUGGGUCCAUGGCUAUUACCUUGAUAGCUAGAGUGGCAGAAUGUGUCAAAACAUAGAAUACCAAAUAUAUACCACGUGAUUUUAACUUCCAUCUCUAUUUUGCACUGUUUAAUUAAACAUUUUCAAACGUAUGCCUAUUUUAAACGCCAAGAAACGUGCCUAGUCAGUCAUACAAAAUUCAGAAAUAGUUACUCUACACGUAUGUGAUUUGUUUAUGGAUGAACUUUUCCACUGUGCUAUGCUGAUCUUUUUUUUUUGUAGCUUUCAUAAGUAUGCACUGGGCCAAAGAGCACGAAAAAUUCAUAGUAUUAAGUGCGAGUUAUUGUUCUUUUACUUUGAGAUCUGUACGAGAAUUCGAUCGGGAAUCAUUGUACACCCUGUAUUAUGAAUUAUUAGGAGAAAUGACUGCUUUAGCCUUAAGUUUUGACGGCUAAAUACUUUUGAAGUCGAGAACAAUACUAUGUACAAAAAGAAGCGCUAACAGGUAACAAAAUACUUGUAGUAUUGACCGUAGAUUUCAUAUACGCUUGAAACAUUUCGCUUGACAAUGCAUACAAUUCCACAGUGGAGCGAGUUUCGGCUGUGAAGCUCGACUUGUUUUGAGUGUGAAAUUCUUUACGUCGUGUGUCAAAUUUUGAGAUGAAAUGUCAGACAAUCAAAUAUAAAGAUGAAUGGACAAGUUAAUUUUGUAUAUAUUAGAACUCUUUAAGAUUUGUUAAGCCUAUGGCGUGCUGUAUUUUUAGUUCAUUUGAGUUUUACUUUUAAGAGUAUGUGCCAUUUUUUCAGAGGCGACUUCUUUCUUUAGUGAAAUUAUUGGUUAUUGUGAUCCUGCAUACCUGCUAUGCCUUUGCAGUCCUAUGCCACGGCAUGCAAAUUAACAGGCUCUCCUAGACGCUUGACUCAUCACGAGUUACGAUAUGGCCCCUCAUGAGUUACGAUAUGGCCCCUGAUGUCCCCAUGAGUUACGAUCUGGCCCCUCCCGGGUCCCCAUGAGUUACGAUCUGGCCCCUCAUGUCUCCAUGAAUUACGAUCUGGCCCCUCAUGAGUCCCCAUGAGUUUCGAUUUGGCCCCUCGUGGGUCCCUAUUAGUUACGAUGUGGCCCCUCAUGGGUCACCAUUAGUUACGAUCAGGCCCCUCAUGGGUCCCCAUGAGUUACGAUCAGGCCACUCAUGGGUCCCCAUUAGUUACGAUGUGGCCCCUCAUGUCCCCAUGAGUAAAGAUCGUGCAUGACUCGAUAUUCUGCUAUCAACUCAUGUUCUUUGUCGAGUAGAAAAUUAUUUCCCAACUUUCAAUAUUUGGCUAAUAAGCUCUACCUACGUAAAGCGAACUUUUUUAUUUAAUUGCGACAAGAUACCAACCUAACAGCUUUAUUUCUUUGUUGUGUUAAAAUUAUUAAUUUAACACUUCUUUUCAAAUAAACGUACUGCCAGUUACCAAAA